CCGACUGCUCAAGGUCUAUAUACCCGCAGUUUGUCACAUUUUCAUAGAUUGCGUGUUUUGCUGCAAAGUACGUAACAGUCAUCGUCAGCGCUCAAGAUAUCCCAAGAAAUUACGAUUUAUCCAUGGCCAACUACAUCCACGUACCCGACGAGGCUCCCGCCGUGCCUAAAAUAGAUGUGACAGUUGACGAAAGCGACUACAGGUCCGGCGCAUUAAAGCUGAUCAAGGAGCUGAGACCGAGCUGGAAGCCGUCCGAGGUCAAAGUGAAGUUUUUCACAGACGGUAUAACCAAUAAGCUGCUGGGCUGCUAUGUGGGUGCAGUCAUGCAGGAUGUGGUUCUGGUCCGUAUUUAUGGCAACAAAACCGAGCUGUUGGUUGACCGGGAAAAUGAGGUGAAAAGUUUCAGGGUACUGCAUGCGCACCGCUGUGCCCCGCGCCUGUACUGUACCUUCAACAAUGGCCUGUGUUAUGAAUUCCUGCAAGGAACCGCACUAGAGCCCGAGGACAUUCGCAGCCAGCCUGUUUUCAGGCUCAUUGCCAGGCAGCUGGCCAAGUACCAUGCCAUCCAUGCCCACAAUGGCUGGGUGCCACAGUCUGAUCUGUGGCUGAAGAUGGGCAAGUACUUUGCUCUCAUCCCCAAGUACUUAGAGGACCCUGAGCAGAAUGCCAGGUUGAAUCUGGAGGUGCCCAGCCCACGGUGCCUCCGAGAAGAGCUGGUGUGGCUCCAGCAGAGUUUGUCGGUGCUGGGCUCCCCCGUAGUUCUCUGCCACAACGACCUGCUCUGCAAAAACAUAAUUUACAACCAGGCGGCAGGCAAUGUAAAGUUCAUUGACUACGAGUAUGCUGGGUACAAUUACCAAGCCUACGACAUUGGGAACCAUUUCAAUGAGUUUGCUGGGCUGAAUGAGGUGGAUUAUAGUAACUACCCAGAUCGCGCCUUUCAGCUGCAGUGGCUCCGCUCCUACUUGGAGGCCUAUAAGGAGCACAAAGGCCAGGCCAGUGAAGUGACCGACACAGAGGUGGAGAUUCUUUACGUCCAAGUCAACCGAUUUGCCUUGGCAUCUCAUUUCUUCUGGGGUCUCUGGGCUCUGAUUCAAGCCAAGUUCUCCAACAUCGACUUUGACUUCUUGGGAUAUGCAGUCCUGCGCUUCAACCAGUACUUCAAGAUGAAACCAGAGGUGGCUGCAUUGAACUUACCCGAAUAAAAGCCUCCACCCCCUCAUCGUCUCUCCUGCUCUACGCCUCAUAUGAUGACUGGAGAGCACCCUCUUGGGGUGUGUGUAGGGAAGAGCCAGACUGAGAGUCUGUCCUGUUCAGUGCCUACAGGGUCCCCUCUACAUGUCCUUAUCUCUAUAGUUUGAAUAGACCACAAACUUUAUCCGUCAUCUGCUGUCACACUUCUGUUAACCAGGAGGCAGCCCCAGUCUUUUGUAUUGUGGCCAUGUGUGAAGUCGAGACCUGCUAUGAUGCCCACAUCACUGAAUUUAUGGUUGCCAUUUCAGUCAUUCUAAUAUCAAUUAGGACAUUAUCACAAUUUCAGCUUAUUGUAUUUGUGAGCAGCUUUUCUUCAAAUCACUAUGAAUACAUCGUAGGUGGAAUGUCACCUCCUUCACAACCAAUACACGGUAACCACCUAAAUGACAGGUGGCCCAAACACUAAUCUGAUCGCCUGGAGACACCUUCCUCAUAUGCACAUUCAUGGGGAAAAACCCUUCAGGGCCAGCCCAGCUAACAGCCAAAUUUGUACUGCCAUGAUAGCAACACAAAGCCUGCUUUGUUUGCUGAGGAACCAAGAUGAAGGAACAUCCCCACCCCCCAAAAAAAGGAGAAAUGCUGACAUGGAAAGGCCCAUGCAGUCCCUUAAUCCCAUGUGAUAUGAGCCACAACACACACACACACACACACACACAAAACAAAACUUGUGGCCUGCCUUAUGACUCUUGUUUUCACCCUUAUUUUACUUAACAUACUGUGCAUGGGUGGUGCCCCAGAGUAGCCAUGUAGUCAUUGUUGCUGUGUAGUUGAUGAGGGCUUGUGUCUUCUGGCUUUCUAGGCUCAAGGUAGAAACAUUGAGUCAUGGGAGAGCAUCUUGUGUUUACAUCUAACCUCUCUGUUGAGUCAAAUAGUUGAGCACCAGUCUUUUGACUAAAGGGAGAUUUUCACUGUUCUGUACAUUUUGUGUUUGUUUGACACUCGGUUUAUGUCUAAAUCUUAACUGGGGACAAGCUUGCAUCUCACUGUAAUUUGAACAUUCCGUGUUCAUAAUAGUAGACAGGACAUUUGGUUGUAGGUCACAUUGCAAGUCAGCCGCGUUGGGGACUUGAUUCACUGUGACGUCGACUGUAAGACAUGCUGUACAAAACGAGACCAAACCAUUAUAUUGUCUGCUCCGUGUCAGGGAAAGUUUGGGAAUCAUCUGUAAUAUUUCAAAACACUAUUGUUCAGUCCUAAUGGACUAAGAACUGACCAUUUUAUACACGUGUAGACCAGUUUUCAUUCACUUGUUGCCAUAUGGCCUUGCUCACUGUCAGAUUGCUGAGCCGCUGUUGGCAUUCAUCAUUUUAAGCACCCAGUGUAUAGUGGGAAAGUGAAGGUCUGUAGAAAGGUGGAGUGGAAUUGGUUGUGUCAACUUUGCUAAGUUAGACACAUCUGUGUUCAGUAGGUAACAUGCAACGAAAGUCGGCUUUUAGUGGAAUCUGGGGAGCAAGAGCACCAUCUUCUGGAGAAAAAGAAAACAGCUGCUCAGUAACUGUGAUAUUCACCAUUGACCUUCAUGUUAAAUGUUGAUGUUUUUAAAAUGCGCUUCAGGAGGCCCUUUAAAAACUAAACAGAUUCAUCUCUUGGUUACUUUAAUAAGCCUAUGCCAAAGUGCUGACAUGUUUUUUGCUUGUACAUAAUGCACACUGUAUCAUUUUCCAUGUAGCACAAAGAGAAUGACAAUUAUAUAGACUUUUUUUAUACUUAUUUAAAUGGAAAUGUUAAAGCUGAGGUCUUUGAGAGUGUGUGAAUGUUUGCUAAUGCAGCAACAGAUGACUCCUGGGCAAAUGUAGCACCUUUUAAAAAAACAAAAAAAAGAGUUCCAGUGCCAGAAGAGCACUUGCUCUUCAGCUUCCUGAGCAAGUUAAAAAUAAAUGUCAUGUGUAAAAUGUGGUGAAGCAAGUUUUCUUGUUUUCUCUGAAAGAAUUUGCAAGUUACAUAUUUGCCCAGGUGGUCUCUGUUGUAGCAAGUU